CGAGAGCAUUUAUUUCGCAGCCUACAUAGUGUACAUUUACAGGGAGGAACAGAUAGAUUUGGGAGUGGCCCAGAGGGCAGCAGGAACAGAAACUGUGUCGUCGAAAUGUCGGUAAACAGCCCAAAGCAGACUGUUCUCAAGCCGUCCAUCCCAUUAACAUUAACCAUCCUGGGAGGCCUCCAUCCAGGUGAGAUGGUUGUUAUCCAAGGCUCUGUCCCAGGAGAUGCAGACAGGUUUCAGGUGGACUUCAUGUGCGGCAGCAGUACUAAACCCAGAGCAGACGUUGCGUUCCACUUUAACCCACGCUUUAAAAAGAACCAAAUCGUGUGCAACACCCUGCAACUCGAGUACUGGGGUAAAGAAGAGAUCCACUAUCUCAUGCCUUUCAGAAAGGGGGCAGAUUUCGAGAUCAUCAUACUGGUGGAGAAAGAUUUGUACAAGGUGGCAGUAAAUGGUGCUCAUGUGCUAGAGUACAAGCACAGAAUGGAUCUGGCCAGGGUGGACACAAUGUCUGUAUCUGGGAAGGUUCAGAUCCAGGCGAUCGGAUUCAUUCCCAGCACAAGUGCUGUAUAUUCUUCAUCAGCCAGGAAUGAGAUCAGUACACAAUCAUUAGCUGUACUAGAUGACUCCGGUGAUAUGAGUCUUCCUUUUAAGAGAAAGCUAAUAAAGGGCUUGAGUCCAGGACACACCAUCACAGUCAAGGGUCACAUCGUUAACUAUGCUCACAGCUUCAAUGUGAACCUGCGUGUUGGGAACUCGACAGACAUCGCGCUGCACUUAAACCCUCGCCUCAAAUCUGGUCUGUUUAUUCGUAACUCUUACCUGUCUGAGUGCUGGGGUCCAGAAGAGAACACCCUGCCAAGCUUUCCCUUCACUCCAGGAGAAUAUUUUGAGAUGAUAAUCCUAUGCGAGGCUCAGCAGUUCAAGGUGGCCGUGAACGGCGCUCAUCAGCUGACCUACAAGCACCGCGUGCAGGACCUGAGCCGUGUGGACGAGCUGGAGAUCACUGGGGACCUGCAGCUUCAGGAUGUUAAGAUAUGGUAACUGAAGCCCCAUCCGAACGCAGCAGCUUUGAAUAAAGACAUUUAGCUUUGCAAAUCUGAUGACGUAAUGUGUGCACAAACCCUCCCUCCUCUCAUGAGCUACUACUGAUCUAAAGCACGAGAUCACGGCUUUGGCUGUAUGAUUGAACAUGUAACCACUUUAGCACCUAAUACGCUUUGACAAAUAACAGCUGAGAUUGUGUAUAGGAUUUUGUUCUUUCUUUCUGGCCAGGUUUUUUUUUUUUUUUUAAAUUGCUAGCACAAUUACAAAAAGGUUUUCUUAUAAUGAAUUAGCCUUAAAAACCAAUUAACUUGGAUCAGCAAACAUAACAUAAGACUUCAACAGAGGACUGAUGGUUACUGACAGUUGGUCUUUGUCACAAUGUAGAUUGUUCUUUAAAAAACAUCUGAUUCUUUUUAUGUUUUCUUUGCAAAACAAGAAAAUUGCCAAGCGAUCGCAAACUUCGAACGGUAGCGUAUGUAAUGUAGCGUAUGUGCGACAAUUUAGCUGGUUACAAGCUUCCCUUAUUCAUCAGUGCCGUGGCUCUGGAGAGGAUUAUGUCUAUUCUGGUUGUUCUUUUUUUUCUCUGAUGAUGUGAGUCCAUGGAUAGACAGAUAAUUGAAUUCAUGGUCUAAUCAGCCUUCUCCUCUCAUUUAAAACAAAAAAGAAAAAGAAAAGAAAAAUGACAACUCGAAUAUUGAUAACAUUUUGCUAGAAGAGAAAGACGUGUAAUACACAAGAUGACCACACGAAUAACUGCAUUUAUAUCGACUGAUGUAUGAAAUACAGGCUUGUGUAAAACAUCGCCUAAGGAUGUGAUAUGAAAUACGGAAUAUCAAGUCGGAAUAUCUAGAGCAGGGAAAAUAAAAUCUGCUACAAGUAAUUUAAGAAAAGUAAACAAACCAAGAAGUGUUAAAAAAAUCACGCCGAGGCUGCCUCAGGCUCCGACGACCAGCCGUGUAAUUUAUACACAUGUUUAACUCCGAAAGCAUAGUUGUGCAAGCAGGCUCUUUUAUUUGAACCAAGAAUCUUCAGGCAAUUAUAUGCCUGCCAUUGUCAUAUCAUCCUAUUAUAUUUUUUGCACUAACGAAGGACCAAGUUUCAUAUUUUGGAGGCUUUCAGAGUUAGGAAUGAGUUAAGAAAAUGUUUAAGAGAAAGAAAAAACUCUCAUUUUUGAGUCUGAAUGCUUAAUUAGAAGACAUCUAGUUUAAUGUCCAUCCAGAUGUUCAGACAGAUGCUCGAGACAGAUUUCUAUGCAAGUCAUCAGCAGCCUGUAAGUCUCUGCACAUUUCUGUUAAAACACUUCAUUAAAGCUCAGACCAGGGCUCUGUUUCAUGAAAAUUCUUAGUAUAAAGAGUUUCUCCUAGUGAUGUAAUUCCU